AUGGACUACGGGGUAUAUGGCGGACACGAUGGACAUAAUGGAGGAGAACAUGAUGGUGGACACGAUGGCGGACACGGCGGAGGCGAAGGCACCUGCAGCAUGAACAUGCUGUUCAACUGGGACACUGAGAACCUCUGCGUCGUCUUUGAAUCCUGGAUGAUCAAUACGCCAACUGCGCUCGUAUUCUCCUGCAUUAUCAUCAUCGGUAUGGCAGCUUCGUACGAGCUACUUCGGGCGCAGUCUCGUCGGUACGAGGAACGUUUGAUCGAGGGUGCGCGCAAGCGACACGGUGGCGACCCCUCGUCACGCGUUGUAGAUGCUAGCGCCGGCAUCGCCGAGGACGAAACACCCCUCCUGACCUCUAGGGCAGGUACUUUGAGGCUCUCCAACCAACAGCAGCUCACGCGGGCCCUCUUCUACAUGGCUCAGGUCUUUGCCGGCUUUUUUUUGAUGCUGAUCUUCAUGACCUAUAAUGGCUAUCUCAUGGCAAGCACCGUCAUUGGGGCAGGCCUUGGCUUCUUUUACUUUGGAGGUGAUUCUCUGUCCUCCCCUACCAAAGCUUUGAGCUGCCAUUAA